AUCGCCAACAUUUUUUGUUGACUGUCCUAGAACUGGGGCAUUGUGAAAUAGUAGGGCAAGUGCCUACACCCCUCUCUCUCUUUGCGCACGUCCAGCAAUCAGCAGGAACGUUGGGUGUGGCAUCUCCACCUAGAACAUUGGCUGACUCAACCAUAACCAGGGAACACUGGGUGUGCUCAUCCAGUGAGAUAUACAGCUCCUUUCACAAGCAGCUUCAUUUCAGUGAGGUUCAUCCUUCAGCUACAAGCAGCUCCCUGUCUGCAGACGCUGAGUCUUGUCCGAGUCACCGGUUGAAGAGUCGAUUGAGCGUGCUUAAUAACAGAUUCAACACAGAUAUUUCCUGUCAGUUUACAAGACUCUCCAUGUUGGUCUCCGUAUUACUGGAUCAGCUGUGUCCCAGCAGCGCAGCUUACACACACAAAAGGAUGACUGAUGAACAGUUUGAGGUUGGCCCACCACCCUUGAACAAUAUAUACCAAGCUUUGUCAGAAUGCCAGACAGGCCUCAUGUUUCAAUCCGAACAGAAGAAGUUGGAUGAGGCAACGUACAAACUGGACAAACUAUCGCAGGAGCUGGACUCGAUGUGGUCCACACAGAGCAGCCCUGUGGUGACUGAUGCAGCUCCAUCUGACAGCAAGACCUUUUGGAAAGAGAGCUCAAUGACCACCUCGUCGUCAUCCAAUGUGUACGGCCCAAGCUGGAUGGAGUCACAGACGAAACGUGACGAGCUGUUGCCAGUUGUUAGUGUGACUCGAUCGCCCUCUCCACGGACAUCACCAGCCUACACACCGCUGCCGCCCCCACAGCAACCUCUUUCGCCCUAUGCUUUCAGUCCUCUGUUCAAUCGAGCACCCUCUCCCCGUGAAAUGAUGCCCGGUUCCCCAAUGCUGAUUCAGCAGGAGCCCCGUGCUCCAUUGGAUCGAGCACCCUCUCCCCGUGCAAUGAUGACCGGUUCCCCAAUGCUGAUUCAGCAGGAGCCCCGUGCUCCAUUGGAUCGAGCACCCUCUCCCCGUGCAAUGAUGCCCGGUUCACCAAUGGUGCUUCAGCAGGAGCUCCGUGCUCCAUUGGACCGAGCACCCUCUCCCCGUGCAAUGAUGCCCGGUUCACCAAUGCUGAUUCAGCAGGAGCCCCGUGCUCCAUUGGAUCGAGCACCCUCUCCCCGGACAAUGAUGCCCGGUUCACCAAUGGUGCUUCAGCAGGAGCUCCGUGCUCCAUUGGACCGAGCAUCAUCUCCCCGACCCGGGUUUAUUCCCGUGACCCCGUUCGAGAAUCACGAACCCUCCAUCCAUCCCCUUGUGGGUGCUACCCACGAAGCCCAGACUUUGCCCAGUGGGACCAUGGAGAGCCCUCUCCCCCAGCAGCCAGGCUUGCUCAGUCCAGUGCCGUCAGCCUACCCCGGACCCUUGGGGCCCACCAGAGUAUCCCCCCGUGAGAACUUUCUACCACCGCUUUCUGCUGCCUCCCGGCUUCCCCCCGACCACUACAAGAUGUUUUUGGAGGCUGAGGAUGGACGAGCAAUGAGUGGCUUCGCACUCAAUCCUGGAGCGCUCAACCUCAGUAAAGAUGACAGUUUGAAGAAGAAGAAACCGGGUGUGUGGGCUGAAGCCGAUUUGGACAUUGCAUACGAGAAGAGACCGUCACAGAUCCCUAGCUAUGAAACCAAGCAUGAACAGAACUGGGGCACAGCGAAGCACGAAGGGAGCUGGAGGCAAACAGACCUCGAUUUGGCGGUUAUCCCAAGCAAGACUGCAGGAGGAAGGAACAAGGCAUUCAAUUCGAUUCAAAUAUAUGCAACCUUACCCAAGGGGACUGUUCCACUCCACUGGAGACAUGAGACAGCCCAGCAGCAGAGGAGACCCCCACUGCUCAGCUCCCCCCAGCACAGCCCCUGGCCCAAUCUGCCAUCCCCAAUCGUGUCCCGGACCAAUGUGCCACCACACAACCCCCGACCCUCGUCCAUCAAGGAGCGCAGAAACGUCCUGCCCCUCUCAGUGCUGAUCAGACCCACCAUUGUCAAACAAGGCCGGGGAAGGAUGACCGCUGGGGCCAGGCUCCCUCAUGGCCAGAUUGCUGCCCCUCCAACGAUGAGAUACCCACAGCUUCAGCCAGUAGCGGAAGUUGGCAGGAAGGUGCACGAUUUCUCAGCUCUGCCCUUGGAUGCCAUGCACUCCCACCUUCCUCUGGCAGAGAUGGGCGAGGUAGAGACAGAGAUCGCCAACAUCCUGCAGCCUGGAGACUCUCCUGAUCCGGAGAGUAUUCCCCGGCCACUGUCCCCCACACGCCUACAGCCGGUCUCCCUGCCAGACUCUGAGGCUAUCCAGGACAUGGAGGAGCUGAUGCGUAUCCGAGCUGCCAUUCCGCGCCCCCUGAAGAGGCGGACAUCCAUCGAACAGCCAGUGCAGCAGCUGGUCCCCAUGCAGAAGCAAGCGCGCCUGUACCAGCAGCUCACCAAGCUCUUCGCUCGCAGCGGGGCCAGCCAGCGAAAGCAUCAGGAACCUGCCGAAGGCAGUGCCUUACCCAGCUCGCCACAGACCUCACCCACUUCGGACACUCACCCCUCCCCAAAUCUCCCCACCCCGAUACUGGAAUUUCCAUCAUCGCCCUCCACAUUACCCGUGAAGCGUUCAAUUCUAAAGCAGGGAGACAGCUCUGAACCGAGUACAAAGAUGAGAGCACGGCUGAAUCCUUUAGUGGUGUUGCUGGACGCUGCAUUACUUGGGGAGCUGGAGGUGGUGAAGCGAGUGGUGUUCGAGAUGGAUGACCCGAGCCAGUCCAAUGACGAGGGCAUCACUGGGCUCCACAACGCAGUGUGUGGCGGCCAUUAUGACAUCGUCGAGUUUCUGGUCAACUUUGGAGUCAACAUCAACGCAGCCGAUGGCUACGGAUGGACUCCCCUGCACUGUGCGGCGUCCUGUAAUGACUUGGCAAUCUGCACUUUCCUGGUGAAAAAGGGAGCAGCCAUCUUCUCAACAACUCUGAGUGAUGGAGAGACGGCCGCAGAGAAAUGUGACCGGUACUUGGAUGGUUACGAGGAAUGUGCACGAUUUCUGUUCAGUGCUGAGCAGCAAGCUGGGAUGAUGAACAGUGCUGUGGUGUAUGCGCUAUGGGAUUAUGAGGCUGAGAACAACGACGAGCUCUCCUUCCAUGAAGGCGAGACCAUUACCAUCCUGCAGCGAGGGGACAAAGAGGAGAAGAACUGGUGGUGGGCAUCGCUUUAUGGCCGAGAGGGUUACGUCCCCUACAACCUCCUUGGGUUGUUUCCUAGAGUGAGGCCAGCAGUGUAGGAGGGGGAUCGCGUCCUCUCCGUGGACAGACUGCACCAGUUCCGUCUGACGGCAGUGGGAACGCCGGGUGCUGCAGCUUGGACAGUCAGCCAAUGCUGGGUGACCUGCUGGUCCGGAUUUCCGAGUGGGAACGCUACCGAACGACAAGAUUUCCAUUCUUCAGACUGUCAGCUGCCAUCCUGCACAUUUGUAGAGUCGUGGGAGCAUGGAAAAGAGGCCGUUCAGCCCAUUGAGUUCCAUGACAUACCCAACUGGCAGUGCAAUAACUGAGCCCCAUUCGCAUGCCAUACUGCAACAUGGUGGCAGUGCCACAACUCCUAGUUUGGUUAUUGAUCACAAUGUAACAAACCUUUUGAGAUCAAAGGAUUCCAAUUUAACUCAUCUCAUCCUGCAAUUCUUGGCUGAAUGACAGCCCCUUUCGGAGGAAGGUGGUUACUCUCAUUAUCCAUCCACGUUUCCGUCGAGACAGCCUGUGACACACAAUGAUGAACUUUUCAAGGACGUUGCGUUUGUAAAUGAGCUGGAUGUAAUCGAAAUUAAAUCCUUAUUCCAUUCCCACUGGGGACAAGCUCUUUUUUUUAUUCAUUUGUAUUUUCCUCCCUUUCUCUUCCACUGACCGGAUCGCACAGCUAGUGGUCAGGGACAGUGCUUGUUGGAGUGUUUUUGACUGUUUUAAUGCUUUAUACAGAUAUUAAAAUGUUCACAGAGCUGCAGUAAUUUCA